AUGAACCCGAUGAACAGGCUGGCCUGUCCCACUUCCUGGAACAUCUUCCCUUUAAAGGGUACGGAAAGCUGGCCCACGGCCCGCCACGUCAGCGAGGCUAUUGAAGGCGUGGGCGGCGUGAUGAACGCCAGCACCGAUCGGGAAGUAACCGUAUUCUGGUGCAAAGUUUCCCGCCUCCAUUUCCAGCAGGCCUUUGCCGUGUUGCUCGACAUGGUGUUGCACCCACUGCUUGAUCCCGCGGAAAUGGAAAAGGAGCGGGAGGUUAUCCAGGAAGAGUUGCGGAUGACCUAUGAUUACCCCUCGCACCGGGUUGAUUUGCUUAUUGACGAGCUGCUUUGGCCGGAGCAAGCCAUGGGCCGGGACGUGGGUGGAACCCUCGAAUCCGUGAACAACAUUGUCGUUGACCAGGUCCGCGAAUACAUGCUACAGCAAUACAACCCGGCCAAUACCGUAAUUGCUGUGGCAGGCAACGUUGACCACGACGAAGUGGUGGAGUUGGUGAAUGAACCCACCCACCACUGGCAACCCAAAGAGUCCUUAAACUGGCAGCCAGUGGUUGACUACUACGCCGACAAGGGCAUCGGUUCGGUGGCGCGGGUGGAACAAAAGCAAUCCGACCAGGCCCACAUCUGCCUGGGGUUGCCCGGCAUUUCUCUGACCGACCCCGACCGCUAUGCCUUUCAGCAUCCUCAACGGGGUGUUGGGCGACGGUAUGAGCAGCCGCCUGUUUCUGAACCUGCGUGA